UUUCGCUGUCUAUACAAUCUAAAUAUUCUGCUCAGUACACAUAAUUAAUUAGUCUCUCUCACACAGAACACACAAAGUGUUUGGGUGAUUUUAACCAGUAUUUUUUGUAUAUUUUUGGAAGAAAUAAUCGUUUUGUUUUGUGCACAUUUUUUUUUUGAAGAAUCAAAUCGUAAUUAUUUCGGAUUUGUGGCGUUGGUACUGCAAAACAAACAAUAAAUAGAGUUGCAAUGGCGGGAGCGGGGAAGCACUUGGAAGGUGUUAGAAUAAAAAAAGACCUCGUCCAAGAGUCACAGUUUGCCGAAGCGGACAGUUCGUCCAAUUCAACAUCAUCAAAUGCAGCUGAAGCAGUAACACGCCAGAGUUCAUUGCAGCGGAUUCAACUGCGAAAAGACAGAUUGAACAAAUUGCCGAGAAAUCAACGAAUGGCCAAAUUGAGUAUGUACUCUGCAUGUCAAGCGGACGAAUGUCGGUGCACUGGUUGGAAAACUCCCGAUGAAAAUCGAAAGGGUGAUGUGGAAAAUAAUUAUAUACCAAAACCAACGGAAGAGUGUCGAAAUCAGAGUUGUAGACAUCCAUUAGAACAGCAUAUUUCACAUUUGUCGGAUGUUACUGACGAACAAACUUAUGAGCUGCUCGGUGCAGUGGUCGAUGUGGAGAAUCUGUAUAUGAGCAUGCAUAAUGAAAAAGAUGAUGACACAAAGAAAGUGUAUUAUUUUUUGUUUCGGUUGCUGCGUCAAUGUAUUUUAACUCGUCAACAACCAAUCAUAACGGGUCCAUUGGGUGAUCCACCAUUUGAAGCACCAUCCAUUGCAAAGGCGGUCACCAAUUUUGUAUUUUUCAAAUAUCAACAUUUAAGUCAGGUGGAAUUCCAAAUUAUGACAGACGUAGCAAAAACGUUUUUGCAUUGCAUGAACUAUUGGAACUUUGAAACACCGAGCGCCCGAUGUCAAUCGCUAACCAAUGAGGAUGCAUCGUCUUACAAGAUUAACUAUACACGUUGGUUAAUGUUCUGUCAUGUGCCGGCCUUCUGCAACUCUCUGCGUCACUUCGAGACUACACUGGUGUUUGGUCGCACUUUUCUUAAAGCAGUCUUUCAGUAUGUAUCGAGUCAAUUGUUAACAAAAUGCCGCGAUGAUAGUGAUCGUAUGCCAAUUGAACGUCGUGCAAUGCUUUCAUAUUUGCCGAAAUUCUUGGAAGCACUCAAAAACGAAGUGGUCAAUGAAGAAUCGCCGAUUUGGGAUCCAAAUUUCAAGCAACCAAUUGGUUUGAUGAUGCAACGAAAGCGUGAUCGCGAACAAAUGUCAGCAAAUAUAAAGAAACCCGAUAGCAAACGACAAAAACGAGAUGACAACGAAGAAUUAUCCGAUGAAAUUGUUAUUGAAACGAUCAAACGGCUGAACGAUGCCAAUUAUGCAAACAAAAACGAAAUCGUAUUCCCAGUGAAUGCACCGCGUGACGAAGCGGCAAAAGCUGAAGAGAAACGUGGAGAGAUUGAGUUUCAUAUCGUUGGCAAUUCGUUAACCAAACCAGUCAAUAAACAGACAAUGCUUUGGCUACUCGGUUUGCAGAGUGUUUUCUCACAUCAAUUGCCUGACAUGCCGCGUGAAUACAUUACCCAAUUGGUUUUUGAUUCAAAGCACAAGACAUUAGCACUUAUCAAGAAAAAUCGCCCAAUCGGUGGCAUCUGCUUCCGAACGUUUGCAUCACAAGGUUUCACCGAAAUCGUAUUCUGUGCAGUCACUGGAAAUGAACAGGUUAAAGGAUACGGUACACAUUUGAUGAAUCAUUUGAAAGAUUACAGUACUGGACAGGGUAUAAAACAUUUUCUUACUUAUGCCGAUGAAUUUGCCAUCGGUUAUUUCAAGAAACAAGGCUUUUCAAAAGACAUUAAAGUCGCUCGUCCGGUUUAUGCCGGUUAUAUCAAAGAGUAUGAAGGAGCAACGUUGAUGCACUGCGAACUUCAUCCGUCGAUUGUGUAUACACAAUUCAGUUCGGUGCUGCGUAAACAAAAGGAAAUUAUAAAAGAAUUGAUAUCACAACGUCAACAUGACAUUCAAAAGGUUCACACUGGUUUGACCUGCUUCAAAGAAGGUAUUCGAAGUAUACCAAUUGAAUCGAUACCCGGAUUGCGAGAGGUGGGUUGGAAAGCUCAAGCUCGUGCACCACGAGCAGGUCGUCCACUUGAUGAAUCCAUCGAUCCGGAUAAAUUGGCCAGCACAUUGAGUAUGGUAUUGGUGGCAAUUCGUCAACAUUCGGCGGCCUGGCCAUUCUUAAAACCAGUUGAUAAAACAGAGGUUCCAGAUUAUUACGACCACAUCAAGUACCCAAUGGAUUUGAAAUCGAUGCAAGAUCGAUUGAAAAAAGGAUACUAUGUAAAUCGUCGUUUGUUCAUGGCUGAUAUGGCCAGAAUAUUUUCAAAUUGUCGACUCUAUAACUCAAGUGGAACUGAAUAUGUCAAGUGUGCAAAUAAUUUGGAGCGUUACUUCCAGACAAAGAUGAAGGAGAUCGGUCUCUGGGAUAAAUAAUUUUUUUAAAAAAUAAAUAUUUUCCGAUUUUAAUUAAAAAUGAAUAAAUAAAACAAUGUUCAUUUCAAUAGUUUAA